AUGCUUGCAGUUUUAGACGUGGCAAAGCACGUUUUUUGGAAUGACACUGCCUUCAAUAGAAAGCUGCUUCCCUCGGAGGCAGCGCUGGAAAAAUGCAGCUACACGAUUGCUGACCUGACGACCAUGACAGGGAAAGAGCGGAUCUCUGUCUUCAAGCAGUGCGGGAUUGACCCAUCCCUCUUUCCUCUUUUUUUGAGGUCCCUUCAACACAUCACUGCUCUUCACGGUGCCGGUAAAAUUGACGGCAAUUGCAUGAUUCAUCGGCAUCUGAGCGCGCGCCAGUGGAGUCCGUUCUACGCCAACACUCCUCUUCUCGGCUACGCAAGCGUGAAUAGCCUAUCGUACAGAGAGCAGUGUUCAUCUGCGGCGAAGGAGACAAAGAGGGAUGAUGUAGCUGAUCUGGAAAGAGGUCGGACCUGUCACUCCCACUACAACGGUUUGCUCAAUCAGGGCGCGACCUGCUACCUCAACUCGCUCCUCCAGGCUCUCUUCCACAUCACAGCAUUUAGGGUUAUUAUCUAUCACAUGCCAACAAAAGACGAGGCGGAGCAGCACGCUGACCUGGAGUCGACAGUGCCCAGAAGCAUUCCGUAUGCCCUGCAGCGACUCUUUUGCCACUUGCAGAUGUCGACGCGCGCUGUCGGCACACGCGAGCUCACUGAAUCAUUCGGAUGGGGCGCAUCCGAUAGCUUUAUCCAGCACGAUGUGCAUGAGCUGACACGCGUUCUUCUAGACAAUUUGGAGGAGAAGCUUAAUGCUCAACAAGCUGAAACCGGGAAUCCGAAGCCGAAGGAAAAUGCGAUUCAUCGCCUCUUCACGGGCUCCUUGGAAAGUUACGUGAAGGUCGAAGAGGCAAACUACUACGGCUCCCGUGAAGAGCCGUUUUAUGACCUCCAGCUCGUUGUGAAGAACAAGAAGAACAUAUACUCGAGCUUCGACACCUUUUUCCAGGUUGAGGUGCUGGACGGAAAAAACAAGUACUGCCUGGAAUGCAAUGGGAAAAAGUCGUAUCAUCGUGCAGAGAAGGGCGUCCGUCUCAAGACGAUCCCCCCCAUCCUUCUUCUGCACCUUGCACGCUUUGACUACGACAUUCAGCAGGGUGAGACAAAGGUGUUGACGCGCUGGGACUACUACAACACUCUGGAUUUGUCGCGUUACAUGCCAGAGUCUCCGUCGAUGGACACGCAUUACACCCUGUGCAGCGUGCUGGUACACUCCGGGCCAAACACCGGCUUUGGUCACUACUUUUGCUUCAUUCUGUGCUCUGGCGCGUGGUACAAGUUCAACGAUGAGGCGGUUACCCCGGCAAAACUGAAGGAAGUGUUUGGUGACAACUUUGGUGGCUUCAAGCUUAACUACUGGGGUUCUGAGAUCCCAAAUACUGCCAACGCCUAUAUGCUUGUGUACAUCCGCACGAGCCAACUGAACUCCAUUCUAUGUCCGAUCGGCAGCGAUGACGUCCCACAACACGUCGUGCAGCAGCUGGAAAGAGAGCGUGUUGAACACGAGCGUCGCGUCAAGGAGCAGGCGGAAGACUACCUUUACGGGCGGGUGCAUUUUAUUCUGCCAAACGAAAUCACCGAUCAGGAAGAGUACCUUACGUCGCGUCGACCGGCAGCGCAGAAGUUCUCUUCUCACAGGACUCUGCGCAUUCCGCUCGACGACGAAGCAUUGCCGGCUUUUGAGGCGUUUGUGAAGCGGCAGCUGGGUGUCGACGCCGAGCAGCAGCUGCUGUGGUUUGCCUCAUCGCGCACUGGCGGGUCAGAGAUUCGGCUUUCUAAGCAGGUCAGAGCGAACAUGAAGGUGCAACAGCUCCUGCAAAACGCAAAGGAGUGCUGCAUACUUGUCACAACUCCAGCAACUGCCACAGUAAUUGAGCUCGACCAGGGCUGCGCACACCGCGAAUACCAAGUGUUUCACCACAAGCUGUACGACCCGCUGCAGCUCAAAGUCCUUUUUCUAGGGUGCACCGUGCUACAUCGCGAUCCGAACGGGGACACAAAGCAGGCUCUCGAAAGCAUGGUGUCACAUGUGCGCGCCCUCAUCGCCGAUCUGCCAGACCCGACAAAGCAGCUGCAUGGCCAUCAUCUCACGAAGCCGCCGAAAGCGAGGCAGACACUGCCGUCGAAGCCACGGAGUGCCACCUCACUUGAGACCUACAGGUCGAAUCAGGACCUUUCCUCGAGGGAUGAGGCAGAGACGACCGAAGUGAAGCGCGGUAUGCCGCAGGAGGCGUUGGGGGUGGUGCGCGAAACUGAGGCGCGCGAGUUUUUACCGUGCAGCGAGCUUCACUCGGGUGACAUUCUGAUCUGGAAACUCGACACACCGAACGAAGAUCCGGCGAACAUUUUCUACCCCGACAUCCAGAGCUACCAGCAUUUCCUCCUGCACCGAAUCCCGGUGGAGCUGAAACUAAACCGCUACCCGGAUUAUCCCCUGCUGAUCGCGACCGAGCUUGCAGAGGACAUGACGUACGAGCAGCUUCAGCGGUACGUCGCACGGCUCAUUGGUGACAUGGAGAACUACGACCGCGUUCGCUUCACUCGCCACAACCCGGAAACGGAGUUGCCAUACUUCAUGAAGGGCAAGAAACACGAUCGUGCAACUUUGGCGAGAUUGUUGAUGCCUGCCAGUUCGCGGGUUCCCGCCCUGUCCAAGUACCUCUACUACGAGUACUGCAAGUACACCGUCACCGAAAUUGAGAAUGCGCACUCGUUGCAGUUUAAGCUGUACGACGACAAUGUCAAAGUGGUGUCGACGCACUGGAUUCUGCUGCCGCAUGAUCUUCCUAUCACAGCGGACCUGCUCUUUCCCGCCUGCGUGAGCGAGAUUCAAAAAGACUACGCCGCCGGUGCCUGCCCGGCGGUAGCGGCGCUGCUCAAGGAGGAUCCAGAAAACACAUCCAACAACUCCACAAUCGCCUUUGUGAAGCGGCUCAUGCAGAUGGACUGCAAGAGUGCGCACGAGUGGCUGCGUCUGGUCGACGUGUGGCGCGGUCGUGUGUACAACAUACUGGACAAGAAUCACACGCUUGUCUUCGAGCACAACACCUUCGAAGAAAGCGCGGAGUAUCGUAUCGAGCACCUUCCUGCACCCAUCCCAGGUGUCCCCUCCUCAGACCAGGCGGUGUUUCAGGUGCAUCACUUCACCAUGGUGCGCCAGCGUCGCGACGCUAUCGAGACGCACAGUGAGCCUUUCAGCAUGUACGUCAACUUCUACGAAACGUCGAAUCAGCUGUUACGCCGCAUCGCCGCGAAGCUGGAGAUGAUUUACGCCGCCGUGCAGGAUUGGAAGGUUUGUCUAGUGAAGGAAAGCCGGGUAGAGGUGAUUGCGCCAGAUGCUCUGAUGGGUGUCCACAUUACCAACUUCUGUCUUCCAGAGUGCUACAAGCCGAACCAGAUCGAGCCUUCGAAGGCGGCUUUCAUUGGACUGGAGCACGCCCCGCUCUCAAAGCGAACAGGCAAGCGUGAGGACAAGGUGUUGAUCCUCAACUGA